AUGGCCACCAACUCAGCACCAGGAGAGGCUUUUGAAGUCCGCCAAACAUCCGCUACCGCAGAUUGGAAACCCGAUCCAUCUAAGUCUAUUCCACUUGAUAAGGCGAGACAAGCUCUAAUAGACGAUAUCAUUGAGCUGUACAGCUGUAACCCAACUGUUGAGCGUGUAAAGCGAUAUACCCCAGAUUGCGUUUAUGAUGAUCAAUUCGUCUACGCGAAUGACCGAUACAAGAUGGCUGGUCAAUGGUUCGCGCUACCAAAGUUAUUCAAUGAAUCGAAGAACGAAGGUUACGAGAUCGUCCGCAGCGACGACGAAGUAAUCCAAUUCAAAAACGAACAAUCCUGGACCUUCAGAAUCAUCCCCAAAACUGCCACCAUCAACGCGCUCGUCACGCUCUCUCUCGACCCAGAGACUGUGCACAGCGAUUUCAUCCGUGUGAAAUAUCACAAAGAUCAAGCUAAUGACAAGGAUUACAGCCAUGAGGGUGUGGGCUUUUCAUUUAAGAAAUGGCAGGCUGAUAAUGUUGUAAAGUAUAUGAAUAGCCCGGAGGUGGCGGAGUUUGAAACGGAUAAGGAUGCUGCGAAGGAACAUGUUAGGAAGUAUGGGUCGGGUGAGGGGAGUGCGCCGGAGAAGAAUUUGUAG